AUGUCGUCCUCAAUCAACAUCAUUCCCACAAAGCUAGGUCAAAACAUCUACGCCCAGGGUCCCUCACCUCAGGCACUCUCCUUGACGAACCGCCUGCUGCAGGAGAACCACGACACGCUGCACAUCUUUUUCCGCGACCUCAACGGCCACAACCACCUGGCCCAUAACCUUCUGACCAGGCUUGUUCUCGGUGCAACUCCAGAGCAACUGCAAGCUGCCUACGACGAUGACCUGCCAACUCAGCGCGCCAUGCCGCCUCUCGACCCUGUGAUCGUCGACAAGCUCUCGGAUAAGAGCUACUUCGAGUCCCAGAUCACAAAGACGAGCCAGUAUACCAAUUUUCUGCGCUUCUUCGAGAAGGAAAUAUUCCGUCAGGGCUCGUGGAAAGACGCCGUGAACGAGUAUGUCUUCUCCCGCUCGCCUAUCGCAAAGAAAAUCCUGCCUCUCAUGUACGACGGGGCCUACCAUCCCAUCAUCCAUCUUGGCCUUGGAGUCGAGUUCGAACAACCAGGUGUUAUCGCCGAGGCAUUGGCGCAAGCUGCAGCGCAUGACUCGUUCGGGACGGACUAUUUCUUCCUCGAGGUUGAAAAGCGAGCGGCCGAACAAAAUGGAGAAGGCGAGUCUCUAGUGAACUUGCUGCAGAGGAUUAGACAUACUCCAAAGCUCGUUGAAGCCGGACGCGUCCAGGGUCUCAUCGGGACCAUGAAGAUGAAAAGUUCUAUCCUCAUCAAUGUAGCCGACGAGAUUAUCGACAUUACCUCGCGGUUCAAAGUCACCAAGAAGAACUUGGAGGAGAAGACUGCGGAGAUGCUGAAUCUCUGCGCUUAUAUGGCAGGCGCCGCGCAAAGAAUCAAGGAUAGCUGCCAGCCCAAGAUCGACUUUUUCUUCAUGCAUUGCGUGACCAGCAGUCUGUUUUUCUCAGUGCUCAUCCGCCAGGAUUGGAUCGCUAUGCAGGAUAAAGUCCGGCUUGUCGAGUGGAAAGGACGGCUUGAUUUGAUGUGGUAUGCUGUUUGUGGUGCUCCAGAUCUUGACAUUGAGUUCGUUAGAGGAUACAAGGGGGAGAAGACUGGGGAUAUGAGCUGGGAGGAGUUGUUCCGGGUAGUCAAUCAGCAGCAUGAUGAUGGACAUGUGGCCAAGGUUGUGAGGGCGUUGAAGAAUGGGGAGGAGAUUUGCGGCCGGUUUGAGAAUCAAGAUGAGUUCUUGGUCAAGGGAGACAUGUGGUUGAAGAUUGCGAAGAUGGCGUAUGAGACCACGAUUGAGACCAGUAUGCAGAAUCGAUGGGUGCUGAUGGCGGGCCUGGAGGGGGCCUGGAAGGAAUUCGAGGUGUAA